GCCAUCCCUCCUCCCCUUUGGGGCUGGCUUUGGCAAAAGGGAAGCGGGACGAACCCGGAAAAAAAGAGGAGGCGCCGGCAAAGGAGGAGGAGGAGGAAGGAGAAGGAGGAGAAGGAGGCCCGCCGCCGGCCGGAGGGGGGAUGCUAGAAGAAGCCCGGAAUGCCUUAUGUGGACCGUCAGAACCGGAUUUGUGGGUUCCUGGACAUUGAGGACAAUGAGGCCAGCGGCAGGUUCCUGCGGAGAUAUUUCAUCUUGGAUACCCAAGCCAACAGCCUUCUGUGGUACAUGGACAAUCCUCAGAACUUGGCUGUAGGGGCAAAAACUAUUGGAUCACUGCAGUUGACUUAUAUCUCUAAGGUCAGUGUGGCAACCCCGAAACAAAAGCCCAAAACACCAUUCUGUUUUGUUAUCAAUGCACUUUCUCGUCGCUAUGUCUUGCAAGCCAAUGACCAGAAGGACCUGCAGGACUGGGUGGAAGCAUUAAACCGGGCCAGUAAAAUUACAGUACCAAAAGGUGGAAGCUUACCCUUGACCACAGAAGUUGGGAAGCGACCCUACAAGACCGAGAUCAUUGGCGGGGUGGUCGUCCAGACGCCCAUCUCGGUCAACCAGAAUGGAGGGGAAGGCUCAGAAGGCAACGAACCCGCCGUGGUCCACCCGCUGUUGAGACGGUCCCAGAGUUACAUCCCCAGCACCAAAACGCCUCUUGGGCCCCCAGUCCUCAAGAGUGGCUUCUGUGUCAAACAAGGGAACGUGAGAAAGAGCUGGAAACGACGGUUUUUCACUCUGGAUGAUUUUUCCAUCAGUUACUACAAGUGCGAACAGGACAAGGAGCCAUUGCGGACGAUCCUGCUCAAGGAUGUGCUGAAAGUCCACGAAUGCCUUGUCAAAUCUGGGGACCUCCUAAUGCGGGACAAUCUCUUCGAAGUCACCACAAGUUAUAGGACCUUCUAUAUCCAGGCCUACAGCCCCGAGGAGAUGCACAGCUGGAUCAAAGCGAUUGCGGGGGCGGCGCAGGCAUUAAAAAGCUGCCCGAGGGAAAUGUCUCUGGUGAGGUCCAUGUCCAUGAACAAGCGUGGCAGCCCCUCCUCGUCCACAUCGUCCAUUGCGCGGCUAAAGCAGCUGGGAGAAGAGUCCAAACCCCUUGGCGGCAAAAGCCCGUCCACCUCCUGCUGGCUUCCUUGGAUGCCCAUCCCGCCGUCCGAAGGGAACCAGCAGCCCGGAGCGGAGCAAAAGCCCGGUCAGGCGAAAGACUCUGAGUUCGCACCUCUGUUUUCGGAGCAAGACGGCGUUUCCGUGCCGGCGAGGCGGCUGCGGCACAGUUCGGAGCCCCAGAAGCCGAAAGAGCGCCCUUUCCCUUUCGACUUGGAUGACGAAAGCAUCCGAACCUCAGACGUGUAACUGUGCGCGGCGGGGCAAGGCUCGCCCAAAAUGCCCACUCUCCUGCUCAGGAAACUGGGAAGAACCACUAGACUACUUCGAACUUCGGAAGGGCACGGAAUGGGAUCCCCAAGCCCACUUUGAGGCUAUUACUAGCCUGCAGAACCUCUGUCGUGGUGCCACCCACCCAGGCUUCCCCUUGAGCGAGAAGACCUUUCCUUCCUGAGAUGGAGACCUUCCUGAUGGACUUGGCCUCAAUAAUGUAGUUCGAUUUGUGCCACUGUGAUGCCUUCAUCUACGCCGAAGGGGAGCCCGUGCCACCAAAUUAGUUUAGCAAAUGCUAGUUAAGAGUGUUGCUUUCAUCUCUGUAGCUUGGAACUCUUUAAUGUUCGGUUGUAAUGUGCUUAGUUGCACCCUGGCUUUCAGGUCGUGGCACACGUGGAGGGACGGAGCUUUCUUUUGUGCUAAAAGGACUUUGAAGGUACUUCUGACAAUGUGAUCUGGUGGAAACAAGACGGAACCACUUCGUCCCCUUCCCUAAUUUACUUUCGUAACCCUUUUAGUUAACACUUUUAGGGUUAAACCACUGAAUUUGCUGAUUGAAAGGUUGCCGGUUCGAAUCUGGGGAAGCGGGGUGAGCUCCUGCUGUUAGCCCCAGCUCCUGCCAACCUAGCAGUUCGAAAACAAGCAAAUGUGAGCAGGUCAGUAGGUACCGCUUCUGCGGGAAGGUAACGGCGCUCCAUGCAGUCAUGUGUGUGUGUCAACUGCUUUUUUUUUUGUCGUGUCAGUAGUGACUUGAAAAACUGCUCCUGCUGUUAGCCCCAGCUCCUGCCAACCUAGCAGUUCGAAAACAAGCAAAUGUGAGCAGAUCAAUAGGUACCACUUCUGUAAGAAGGUAACGGCGCUCCAUGCAGUCAUGUGUGUGUGUCAGCUGCUUUUUUUUUCGUGUCAGGAGCGACUUGAAAAACUGCAAGUCGCUUCUGGUGUGAAAGAAUUGGCCGUCUGCAAGGACGCUGCCCAGGGGACGCCCGGAUGAUUUGAUGUUUUUAUCAUCCUUGCGGGAGGCUUCUCUCAUGUCGUGUCAGGAGCGACUUGAGAAACUGCAAGUCGCUUCUGGUGUGAGAGAAUUGCCCGUCUGCAAGGACGUUGCCCAGGGGACGCCCGGAUGAUUUGAUGUUUUUAUCAUCCUUGUGGGAGGCUUCUCUCAUGUCCCCACAUGAGGAGCUGGAGCUGAUAGAGGGAGCUCAUCCACCUCACCUCGGAUUCGAACCUACUGUCAACUGCUAAAUAAGGUGCAUGAAGCUGAUUGGCUGGGCAAUGCCCAGGGAGCAGGGAGCAGGCUGAGCCUGGGACUUUUGGUCACUGUUCCAUUUUUGUUCAGGCUUGAGCUAUGCAGGUCCCGGCCCCCAGGUUGAGAAAUGCUGAGAUAUCAGGACCAAACCACAACAUGUACUAUUUUGUUCAGCUAUGCAAAAAAAAAAAUUACUGUCUUAUAAACUGUGUAAAUGUCUGUGGUAAGAAA